AUGCGGAAAAUUUAGAGGGAUGUAGAUGAUGAUAUGUUUGUGAUAACUAAGUAUUAAAAAAAGUAAUCAUCCAAAAAUGAGAUUAAGAAGUCUGGUAGACUUAAGAAAUUAGAUGAUGAUGAUUAUCCACCUCAAAAAGUGUAGGAAUCAUCAGAAUCUGAUUUAUAGCCAAGUUCUGAUGAUGAAAAAUAAAAUAAAAAAAAUCCUCGUUAAUCUAAAUCUAUAGGUGGUAAGAAAGAAAAUCCAAAAAGCAAAUAAAAACUUAAAUAAAUAAUGCAAGUUGUAGAAGAAGAUAUUGAUAAAGAUGAACUGAUUGAAUAGACAUUAAUCAAUGAUGGUGAAGAAUCCUUUAGAACAGCUGAACUUUUGUUACCACCAUUCAUUUAACCAGAACGCAUAAGAGAUAUUGAAGGUAGAAGACCUAAUGAUCCAAAUUAUGAUCCAUCUACAUUGGACAUACCAAUAGGAUAAUAUUUAAAAUUAUCACCAGUUUUUAGACAAUAUUGGAAUGCCAAAAGAAUCCAUUAUGAUUCUUUAGUAUUUUUUAGAUUUGGCAGAUGGUUCAAUGUUAUGUAUAAUGAUGCUAUCAUUAUUGCAAAGAUGUUCAACCGUCAAUUAGCUUUUUGGGGAAAAGAUCGCCCUUGUUUAACUGUCUAUGAUAGUCAAUUACCAAUAUAUUAAAGAACCUUAUUAGAAAAAGGAUUUAAAAUAAUGUUUGUUGAGUAAUUGGAAAAGGCAGACAUAGCAAAUAAAGAAGAUGGGGAAGUAGUUAAAAGAGAAAUUACAUAAUUAAUCAGCAGAGGCACUUUGCAAGAUCUAGGUGAUUUAGAUUCUUAUGAAUCUAGGAAUCUCUUAGUUUUAGUAUGUUCAAAUGCUCCAGUUAAUCUCAAUGGACAUAAAUAUAUUUAUGGAGUGUCUAUUGUAGAUUGUACAACUAAUAAUUUUUAUUUGGACCAAUUUUUAGAUGAUGAACAGUCUAAUUAAUUAAGAUCUAUUAUUUAUAAGACCAAGCCUCUUGAAGUGAUACUCUCAAAAGCAACACCAGAUAUUGAAAAAAUGAUGAAGUAACUAAUAAUCAUACUAAUAGAACUAUCUGCAAUCCAAUUAUUAUUACAUCCAAAAAAGAAUUUAAAGAGUGUGAAUAUAUUUUUUAGUAACUAAAAGUUGAAUAUCUCGAAUAGAAAACUGUUAGUAAAAAUAUUAUUAAGCAAUCAACAAAUGGAAGUUUUGAAGGUAUUGUCCUGCCAGAUGAGAAAAUUAAACCUGAACAUCAGAUUGAAACUAAUAUCAAUCAAGGUAUUUAUAAAGGCCAAUUUGAUAACAUUAAAGAUGAAAAAUACUCAAAAGAAAAAGAAGAAGAGUAUAUAUUAAGUGAUGAAUACCCUUCUCUUCUUGUAGAAUUAGAAAAGUAAUAUUAUUAUGAAAAAAAACUAACUCAAGAUGAAGAUGAAUCUACAUUCUAUUCUUAUUAUUUUACUCUUCAAUCCUUUUAUAUACAAUUAUGUUACAUGAGACAAUUGUUAAUCCAUACUUCUGUUUAUAGAAGAGGGAAUUUUUAAUUCCUUGAUUCCAACUUUAAUUAAAAGUAAAAUCUCUAUUUGGAUUCUUAAGCUUUAGAAAGUCUAGAGAUUUUUGAUGUCAAUCUAUAAACUAAAGUUUCUUCAAAGGGAAGUCUUUUUGAAUACUUAAAUAGGUGUGUAACUCCUUUUGGUAAGAGAUUACUAACUAAAUGGAUUUAAAGUCCUCUCUUAAUUCAUAAACAAAUUUAAGAGAGACAAGAUUGUGUCAGAGAUCUAUUAGAGUAUAUAAAACCAUGUGAGGAAUUUUAAAAAAGAUUAAAAUCCUUUCCAGAUUUAGAGAGAAACAUAAUUAAAUGUUUUAAUACUAUUCAUUCACAUAAACUUAAGGCUGUUCAUGGCACUGGAGGAGAAAGUUUUGGAAAAGCUAAAUUAAAAGAAAUUACGCAAGUAAUUAAGAAUAUAAAAGAAGCUUCUGAAAUUUUCAAAGUUUUUGAGAGUAGUCUCAAUAAAUUCAAAUCAAAUAAAUUAAAAAAAAUGUUGAACUAUAAGAAAAAUGCUUAAAUUCUUAAUAGUAUAUUAAAAGAAUUAGAGAAAUGUAUUUAAAUCUAUGAUGGAGAACCUUAACCAGUUAAAGGGGUAUCUCCAGAAUAUGAUAUAGCUUAUGAUAAGAUGAUUAAUAUUAUAGAUGCUUUAGAUCAAGAAUUGAAAAAGUGGCAAUAGAAGUUUAAAUGCCCUUAAAUUGCAUAUCAUCAUGGAAAAAUUCGAUAUUAAAUUGAAAUUCCUGAUAAAUAUCUAGAAUCAGAUUAAAAGCCAAAAGAGUUAGUGAUUACAUCCAAAAAGAAAGGAUUCCAAAGAUUCUAAACAGAUUUUAUCGAAUAAUAGAUUUUUAAAUUAAAAGUUGUUGAAGAUGAAUUAUCUCAAAAGUUGAUCCCCUUCAUAAAUGAUUACUUUACCAAAUUCUAUUCUUAUAGAAAAGAAUUUUUGUAAUUAAUUUCCUUACUUUCUGAAGCAGAUUGCUUGUAAUUAUAAUAUUAAUUUUAGGAUUUCAUUGGCUUAGGUGUCUAUAUUGCAUAAUUUUAAUACAUUUCCAUAAAUCCUAGAACAAUCUCCAAAUGAAGAUGAUGAUUAGGAGUUUGUUCUUUAAGAAGCAUAUCAUCCUUGCUUAUUAUAAAAUAGAGAUAUAGAUUGGAUUCCAAAUACAAUAAAAUUUAUAAAUUCUGUUGAUACUCUCUUAUUAACAGGUCCUAAUAUGAGUGGUAAAUCUACUUUACUACGAUUAAUUGGAGUAUAGAUCGUGUUGGCUUAAAUUGGUUGUGCUGUUCCUGCAAAGUCAUUUAAACUAGUUCCUUUUGAUCGGAUUUUUUGUCGGAUAGGUGCAUCUGAUAGAAUGUUGGAAGGCAAAUCAACAUUCUUUAUUGAACUUGAAGAAACAAAAACAAUUUUGGAUAAUUGCACUUGCAGAAGUUUAGUGAUAAUAGAUGAAUUAGGAAGAGGUACCUCAACUUAUGAUGGUGUAGCAUUAGCAUCUGCAGUUUUGAGAUAUUUAUCUUAAAAGAUAAAGCCUAAAACUAUCUUUGCAACACAUUAUCAUAUUCUUUUGGAUGAGUUUGCUUUAUACAAGAAUAUUCAACAAUGUGUAAUGAAACAUUAUUAAGAAAUGGAUAGAGUAAUCUUUGAAUAUAAAUUAAUUAAUGGAGUAGCUGAAAAGAGUUUUGCAACUAAUGUUGCUAAGAUUGCUGGUAUUCCGAAUGAAGUCAUUUAGAAUGCUAAGAAAAUGGAACAAAAAAUUACAAAAGAAGAAUCAAAAAUAAAUAGAAAUAAAGAAAUCUUAAAAAAUUUCAAUUCUAUUAUUUCAUAAUUAAUAUGA